AUGUCAACAACGCAUUCCAUACCCUCGACUCCGAGAAGGACUUCCCCCCCUUCUGAUUUACUGGUAACACCGGUCACCAGCACAAUAAACUCUUUGCCACCCUUUUCAACGACAUCUAUCCCGAGGCUGCAAGCUUUGUACUCCGACUUUUCCCGGCAGAAACAAUCGAAUUCUACGUCUUAUAACGCAAACGUUGACUGGUGGCACAAGGCACUUGAAAGUGUCGUCGGCUCCGGGUUGCAGGUUGACGUUUAUGAAAAUAAUUUCAAAAAACAGACACCGUUAAGAAAUCUCAGGAAGGAGGAAGACUCUGAAAAUAUAUCUAUGACGGCAACAUCAUGCACAAGUGAUAGACUAGUGUUACAUGCUGGCCGGGAGCUCAUGGAUCGAAUAAAGAUACCCAAAGUCGGAAAACCACUGUCAUUGGGCGCUGUACUCUCUGAACUUGGCACUACUCGUAGCGUUGUCCCUCUCUCAGAGUUUCUUACUCAAACCACAUCUAUAUAUAAUCCUGGGUGGCUGCCUACUCGCAUAGCCAAAUAUGUCGUCGGUCGUCCUCUUUGGUGGGCUCUUGAGCAAAUGGGCGUAGUCGGCGAAGAGGGCUUUCUCACCGGUUCGGGCAGUGGACAGCAGCAUAAAGAUACAGGCUGGUGGGGCGAUUACGUGAUGGUAAGGCUCGUGGAGGCGGCCGCUGAUAAAGUUUUGGAAGUUCAGGAAAGAAAAAUGGCGAGUGCAGGAGAUGCAUUAUACACAAUGGACAGCUUCCGAGCCACUUUUGCCGCUGUUGUCUACUUGAACGAUGCGAUUGACACUGAGGGCAUUGCAACCACUACCUCAUUACGUGAAUUGGACGCCAAAGUCCUUAUCAAAUACCUUGAAAGAGACAGAGGCGUCUUAGUUCAAGAAAAUGAUGUCAUCAAAUUUAUAGACCAAUUCGCCUCUGCAGAGGAGCGAUCGAUUUCGGCUGUUGAUCGUGGUAUUAUCGAACUGAAGAACGCAAUCCAGAAACUCACUAUCCAAAUAGACUCUUUGCAAAGCAAAAUAGACGAGUGCACACGCAAGGCCUCACAAGCUUUACAACAGAAACGGAAGGCAGUCGCAUUAAAUUAUCUUCGUUCUCGUAAACAGCUCGAAGAUCUUUUACACAAACGCCUUGGGUCUUUGGGCACCCUCGAAUCGACGUUCAUAUCUGUGGAGGCCGCUGCAGGUGAUAUCAAGAUUAUGAAGAGUUACGAGUCAUCGACGGCAACAUUGCGCGCUAUACUCGCCCACCCAUCGCUUCAACGAUCUAGCAUUGACAAGACACUGGACGCGUUGGCCGAUGCCAAUGCAGAUGCACGAGAAGCGGAUGAGGCGGUGCGCUUUGGCGGUAAUCUUGCUGUGGGCAUGGAGGAUGCAAUCGAUGACGAUGAGCUGGAGGCUGAGCUGAAAGCGCUGGUAUUGGAAGCUGAGAGGGUCAAUGAACAGAGUGAAGAAGAGAGAAUGCAAAAAAAAGUUGCUCAGCGGCUGGAAAGUGUCCAGAAAGCACCUAUUGCUACGCCGAAGGACAGUGUGAAACGCCCCGUGCGAGAAGGGGCCUUCAUAUCAUGA